AUGUUGGGUAAAAUACCUAAUCUCUGCCUAUCUAACGGCUUAGCAUUCUAUGAAGUACCGGAUUGUUUGAAAAUCUUGACUGAAUUAGAAGAAAGAUUGAUAUCACCAAGAAUUCCUUUUAUGGUAAUUCGAACUUUAGACUUUUGUAAACAAUUUGGUCUCAAAGGUAAUUUAGUAAAUGUUCACAUGAAUGUUGACACAAAUGUUUCAAUAUUACUCAGAAGUUUUAGCGAUACUCACACGAUUCAAUUGAAACUCAUGAGACAAAUGAAAAAUAAAAAUGCUUUUAUGUAUGAAACAAUUCGACCAAAAGUUGUACAUACAGCUAUAAAAUAUCUUGUUGAACAAGAACUAUAUAAAGAUGAAGGCAUUGUUAUAUCUAAUAAUUGGCUGAACGAAUAUUCCAAUGGAAGAGAAAAUUUUGUUGUUAAUGAUGAAGAUAAAAAAUUUGUUGAGAAUGAAAACACAGGAAAAGGUUUUGAUGACGAUGACAAUUGGAAUGAAUGUGACGAUAAGCCAAUCAAUCAAGAAGCUACUGAAACAUUAUUAAAUGAUGAGAUUGAUGAUCAAAAUGAUAUUGGUAUUAAAUUUGCUCCGGGAGAGAAUAACAAGCCAAUAUCUAUUUUGAUGGAUUUGAAAGUCGAUGAAUUAACAUUUCCAAAAAUUUAUUGUGGAAAACAAAGAAAAAUCAAACCAAAUGUCAAAUUGACUUAUGCUAAAAUUGCCAAGUCAGAACUAAGAAUGUUUGAUCGAAGAUGUGGAAGAGUAUCGAAACUAUUUUUUACAUAUAAGAAACUACAAACAAGAAAGUUCUCUGAUGCUAUUUCAAUAAAUUUGAGAAAAACAAAAAAUACGAAAAACGUAACUGCUACACAGAUGCUCAAUCGAGAUUAUGUAGAUGGAUUAAUACAUAAUGAUGAUGCUUUUACAUUCUUAAGAUGUGAUCGAUCUUCACCAGCAUUUUGGAAACUAAAAAAGAAAGAAGUUAUGGCAAUGAUCAGGCAAUUAGGAUGUCCAACACUAUUUUUAACAUUAUCAGCAGCAGAAACACAGUGGUCAGAACUUAUUAUAAUAUUAACUCAAGUUUUGGAAAAUAAAGUAAUAACAUUAGAAGAAGCAGAGAGUAUGAGUUAUGAAAAGAAAUGCGAUUUGAUAAGAAAUGAUCAUGUAACAUGUGUUCGUUAUUUUGAACAUAGAUUAAAAUGUUUAUGGGAAAUAUUAUCAGCUCCUUGUGGUCCAUUGCAAGGCUAUGAAUUAAUAGACAAAUAUGUCAGAACUGAAUUCCAAGUUCGUGGUUCACCACAUGUUCAUGCUCUACUAUGGUUAAAGAAUGCUCCAAAAUAUGACGAAAAUAAUCCUGAAUCAAUUGAAAGAUGUAUAGAAUUUAUUGAUAAAUUGAUUUCGGUUAGUUCUAAGCCAACGGAAUUUUCUGAAGAACUUAUCAAUUUACAACGUCAUAAGCACUCACAUACUUGUAAAAAAUAUGUAAAAGAUUGUAUUAAAUGUCGUUUUGGUAUUCCAUAUUUUCCGAUGAGAAAAACGAUGAUUUUAGAACCAUUUAGUGA